AUGAACCAGUUACGGACGUGGUUUGAUCAUGCCACGGAAGGUUGGGAUACGAAGUAUGAGCUCACUCCUCAAAUGAAGCUUGCACUGGAACAGUUAGACCUGGGUGCUUCGGCCGAUUUUGAUAAGCUGGUUCCCUCACAUCAAUUGUCCCUAAGCCCUGUUGAAAAGGUUGAAGGCAAAAGCCUUACAGUUCUUGGUUUGGAUAGAAGUCGAGAUGGUUCAUGGAAGCCUCCGGGAUCUACAGCUGAGAGAGACUCUGCUAGGUUUUCCAUGGGUCCUGGCGGCAUCUUUGGCGAUGCAUUCACUUGCACUGCACAUAAGAAGAUUCCUAAGCGGGUAAAAGAUUGGCUUGAAGCUACAGGUGUUUCGAUACCCUGA